AUGGGUUUGUUGUGGAUACCCGUUUUGGGCUCUCUGAUGUUGGUGGAAAUCUUGUGGACUCUACCCAUUGACAAAGAUCAGCAGAGGCUUGAGGAUGUGGAGCUGGCUGAGGAUUACCUCAAGAGGUUUUACAGUCUGAAUCUGGGAGACCACAGGCCUCCAGUAAGAAGUGUGAGGUCUGCAUCCACCAUGGAGGAGAAGAUCCAAGAAAUGCAAAACUUCUUUGGUCUGAAGGAAACAGGAAAUAUGGACCCUCACACCCUGAAUGUGAUGAAGGAAGCAAGGUGUGGAGUUCCGGAUGUGGACAACUUCGCCUUUUACCCUAAUAGGCCUAAAUGGAAGAACCACAUCAUCACAUACACGAUUGCCAGAUACACUCCAGACAUGAAGAAAGAGGAUGUGGAAAAGUCUGUUCGUUCAGCCUUGAAGAUGUGGAGCGAUGCAACCCCGCUGAAGUUCAUCAAAAUCAACCAUCGAAAAGCUGAUAUUGUCUUCUCUUUUUCUCGCAGAACUCAUGGAGAUUUCUUUCCCUUCGAUGGACCUGGGGGCGUGUUGGCUCAUGCCUUCAUGCCAGGAAUGGGGAUGGGUGGAGAUGUGCACUUUGAUGAGGAUGAAACAUGGACGGCAGGGACUCAAGGUUACAGCCUGUUGAGUGUUGCAGCUCAUGAACUUGGCCACUCACUUGGUUUGACUCACUCUAGAGACCCCUCUGCUAUCAUGUACCCCAAUUACAGACAUCAGAGCAAUGCCAAGUACUCGCUCUCUAACGAUGAUGUGAGGGGUAUCCAAACUCUGUAUGGUAGGCCCAACAAAAAGAUGGAAACCCAGGUGGCUUCAAAAAAAUGUGACCCAACAUUUCCCCAACUUUUUGAUGCAGUAACACUGAUUGAAAAUGAGAUUUGUUUCUUUAAAAACAGACACAUGUGGAUGAGAACAACAAGGACAACUUAUUGGAAUCGUUUAACACAAGGCCACAUUACCACAUAUUUACCGAGCAUCAGUUCUCAGAUUGAUGCCGCUUAUGACAUCCCAGCCAAAGGCGUGGCGUACAUAUUCACCGGUCAUAAGUACUGGGUGGUUGAACAGCUUAAGAUGAAAAGUCGCGCUGGCUCCAUUUACGAGUACGGCUUCUCUUCCAGAGUCAGGCGGGUUGAUGCUGCUGUGCAUGUCAGCGAAUACGGGAAAACAAUGUUCUUCGUAGGAGAGUUUUAUUACAGGUAUGAUGAGCACAAUAGGAGAAUGGACCCUGGCUUCCCCAGACUCAUCCGAAACGAUUGGUCUGGAGUCCCCAGAAGGGUUGAUGCUGCAUUUAAGUUACAAGGUAGCAUCUUUCUCCUCUGUGGAACAAAAUCCUACCAGUAUGACUUCAGACAAAAACAAGUGGUGAAUGUAAUUCCAGGAAAGUCUUGGCUGGGAUGCUGAAUUGAAACAGACGUGAGAAAGACAGCGAGAAUUCCUCAGUUAUAAAAUUACAAAAAACCCUCUGAACAUGUUAAGCUAAGAUAACCAUGUAGCGGUAUAGUAGUUGUGCUACAUUUUUUAAGCAUAUGUGUACUUGUAUGUGAAUUAUACUAACCCUAUCUCUGAUUAUACUAAUCCUGUGUCUCAUUCGUUGCUGUUGUACAUUGGUAGUAAUACUUCUUAAUCUGUGCAUGAAUAUACUAAGUACUUAUACUGUGAGAGUCAAAUGUAAGGUGUACAUUUUUGUCAGUACUCUACACGUAUUCAAACCCAUGUACUCAAAUCUUCUUUCAAAAUGUACAUCCAGUUAAAUUACACCUUCAGGAAACCUCUAAAAAGCUUACCAGUGAACUCAGCAGGAUGUUUGUUAUUAAACUCACCUCAA